CUAUGACCGAGCCGGCUCCGUCAUCCACUGCAGCGGCCUCUGCUUCGUCAUCCCUUGCCAAGUCUGAUGACGCUGGGCAAGGCAAGGAUCCGACACCGCACAACAAGAAGGUCCGUCUGCAUCGCAUCCUCCAACUCGGGUAUCGGGUCAUCAGCUUUGUGGCGGCCGCCGCCCUUCGACUCGAGGCCCGAGUGGUGGGGGUGUGCUACCAUAUGCAGAAAACGGGGCGGCGAGAGGAUUACCGCACGGUGAUUGAGGUCGGUGGGUUCGACGAGCCUGCCGAGACGUCUCUGUCUCGUGUGGCAAGACGGCUGCCAAGGCGGCCUGCGGCCACCCUUCCGGCAUGCUAUUUUCGAGAACCGCGGGCUGCAGCCGGACGGGACGCAUGCCGUGAGAGUGGAGGUGCCCAACUCGUAUUUCGGCGGCAGGUUCUUGUCCUCAGUCGUCAUGGCCUACACCCCGAAGAACACGACGGCCUCGAAGAUGGGGUAAGUGGGGUGGAUGGGGUGUGUGUACAUCCAUCCAUCCAUGUGUGUCGUGCUGUCUGCCUCUCUGCUUCCAGGUUCUCCAGCGCGCUGGGUGGAGCGCUGCUGCCCGACCGCUCUGGACACCUGUGGGCUGUGGUCAACGGCCUGGUCCCUCAGCAACGCAUCUGGCCCCUCGGCAACAACAAGUACUCGAGCAUGGACCUGGAUGAGGUGACCGUGGAGUUCCCCCACGCCCGCAUCAUCAUCAGCCCCGCCGGCACGAUCAGCCCCACCUUCAUCCAGGCUCCUGCCAACCCAGGUCCUGGCCCUGCGGCAAUGUACGGCAAGUGGGCCCUCAACCCCCAGGGCGCCGGUGGAUACCAGGGCGGCAACACGGCCAUCACCGUCGACUGCGUCUACACAUGCACCACCCAGCAGCACGCAGACGGUGCAUUCAUCCCCGCGCACUACUUCAUCAAGGCCUUCAAGUGCCUCAUCGACCCGUACGCCCGCCCGCAGCGCGACUCGAGCGAGCUGGUGGUUGACAUGACGUGCGUCAUGCCCAGCAGCGCCUGGUACAAGGCCUUCGGCAAGGACGGUGGGGAUGGCCUGCAGAAAGCCACCGGCCCCACCAGCCCCCCGGCAGCAGCAGCAGCAGCGGCACCAGCGUCAUCAUCGGUGCAGGAGGGGGGGCAGGGGGAGGGGGGCCAGGGGGGCUGGGACGGGCAUGAGAUACCCAUGUGGGUCAGCCGCGUCCUGCCGUACGCGCAAGGCACCAGCCUCUGCCUCCCUCACAUAGGUCGAGAGCCUUUCCAGCUGGGUUUCUUCAAGGACGAGGACGGCGUGGGGUGCCCUCGGGUCGAUGCCGUGGGGAUUGCUGGCACCUUCCAGUCGAGCCUGUCGGCCAGGGGCAUCAACGGCAUCGACGCCCUCCUCGUGCCGCCCAAGACGGUCGAGAGCGCGAAGCGCUACGUGGUCGAGGACGGUGCCGAUGUGCGUGUGGUGUGCGUCUGCGAUUCCCCAUCACCAAGGACGAAGCCGCGCAAGGCGGGUACGAACAACACACACACAUGAACGCAGACAGACAGAGAGAAAGACUAUAGCGUCUGGAUGGAUGGGUGCGAAUGGUGUCUUUACUUGCCAGGCUGUUUGUGGGUCUCGAGUACGAGGACUCCCGCGCUUUCGCUUUCAAAGGCAACAGCAAGCUCCUCGAGAAACUACUGAGCCUGCCAUUCAACAAGAGCUUCACGGACGUUCUCGCCACCACCGACUACAGCCGCCCCCAACCCAUCCCCCUCACCGUGAUCGUCAAGCACUCCGAAUGCAUGUUCCCCACGGGUGACGACCAGCCGCCUGGGGUGAGGUUCUUCAGCAGGAGCAGCGCGCAGGCUGACGUCGGCUCGUGUGGCUGGGGGCUUGACCACAUGGACACGCCGUAUGACUUCGCCGCAAUGGGCUUCUUCCAAAGCGACGCCGAGCCGACCCACGACAGCAUCCCGGUGGGCAUGAGCACCAUCGCGCCAACGUACACAAGCACCAGUCGAUUCGAGACCGACCUGCCCACCAUCCCCGAGGAAGACACGACCCCCUCACCCAUGGAGCCACUCACGCUGCUACAGCCGUCGGCCACCUCCACUGCUGCUGCAGCAGCAGCAGCAGCAUCAUCGGUGCAAGACGUCAACGGCACGGCACCCACCAUGUCGGCAGCAGGAGCAGCACCAUGUGGGCAGGUGCAGCCGGGCGACAUGUCAGCAGUGCAGGGCGAGGGCGAGGGGGAGGGCGAGGGCGAGGGAGAGGGGAAGACGGCUGUCGGCACAUCCACAUCCACCACCGACCAACAGCAGUGAUCGCCAAACCCGACCAUGCGUGUGGGGGGAUGGGCUGCUUGUCGUCCGGCUGCUUGGCUGAUUGAGUGAGUGUUCGUCGUGUGGUGGGUGUGGUGGAAAGGAGGAUGGUACCUACGUGUGCAUGACAUGGUGAUGACAUGGUGCUUCCUGCUCGUGUGCGUGUGUGUGCUGACGUGCAUGUGUGUGUUUCGUCUGUGCCUCCCUGGCAUACAGCGGCAACCGCCCUGUGGUCAAACGGGACGACGACACACCAACACUAUCGCACACCAGGUCAUGCAUACACACGCAGCUGUGUCGAUCGCUUCUGUCUUGGGUACCUGUGGGUGUGUGAAUGUCAUGACUUCGUGUCGGGUGAAUGGCUGUGGGUGCUGAGUUUGUGUGGCUUGGUCGCGUGAGUGGAUGUCUUGACGUCCAUGUGUGUUUUGGUCUUGUCGGCGCGUGGCGGAAGUCGACGCUUCUCGCCAUGCACCGUGCACCUGACAAGACUCACACACACUUGGCACGUCAGCACGUGACUGCAUGCACAGCACAGCACAGUGAGGUGAUUGCGGCCACGUAUAUCGCAUUGUCCUGUGCCGUGUCGC